AUGGAAAGGGGACAUUUUUACCUAAAAGAACAACUAGAGAAUGACCAAUUUAACAGGACCAUACAAGAUGAGUACAGGAAACGGUAUGGAGGAGUUACAAAGAAGGAGCAGUAUGUGGAGGAGAAGACCUCGAUGAAGGCGUCAGUUGAAGCAUCUCCCGACGAUCCAUCGAGACGAGCUCCCCUCACCGAAGCGAAGAAACCACCCCUGCACCAGUACAUCUCCCCAUUUAUCGAAUUAGCAAAAAGAUUCUACUCAUCCCUGACCCUGUUGUACGAACCCAAGUUAAUCCAUUUCUCCAUUUUGCUGACGACUCUAUGGGGUUUUAAAAGUAUCAAGUGCAUUAACCAGCUGCUUGUCCAUAAAUAUGCCGACCUACAUUAUCAGAUUACUCGACCCGAUUCACUGAGCAGUAGGUACAGAGCAUUCAAAGUAUUAGCCCUCGGGGGGUCAGUUGUCCCCGGAUGUUUUAUCGGUUUUACUCUUUACGAUUUGUACUGGGGAAGGAACAACUCGGUGCUCGUUCCUCAUAACGAGGGGGCCUCCCCGGGGAGGAGUAGUGUUUCUCCCCUCAUCCCGUACACCCUCCGCAGGGACAUAUCGAGGAAGAUGCGCCUGCUGAAGGAGAAAACCCUCUUCUUCGCCAAGGACCUGGCCGAGAACAAUAACUUCAGAAGGCUGUCAAGGGAGUACCACAGGAGCCUCGACCGACGCCUGCAUGGGCUGAGCGGAAAGAAGGGCCCCAUGGAGUGGCCACCCGCUGUGACAGGGUGA